GAGCUUAUCUAACACGAUGUUACAUAAAGGCCCCUCACAGCAGCUGUUUUGAUAGAGGGACUGUGUGACAGCUUGUGUUAUAGUGCUGCUGCUGUUGCUGCUGCUGCUGCUGCUACAAUGAUGAACCCGCGUCACGUUGUGAUCGUCCUCCUUCUAUGGGCGAUACCACAAGUUGUGUUUACAAGAAGCCAAAGGUUCCGGCGGGACACUCGGACCAACAUCAAGCGGGUCGCUGACAGUUACAUUGGUAGGACUCGGUGGUCGUAUGCAUCAUCCCACGCCACAGGCUCGAACACCAACAAGUGCAACAUCUUUGUGGCUGAUGUUAUUGAGGAAGCUGGAGGUAGCGUGCCCCAUCGAUGGUGGGGAUUCGCAGGUCCCAUUGGAGCACGAGAAUGGGGAAACCCAAGUUCCAGCUUCCUGACAAGGGAUGGUUGCUGGACCAAUCACCAGACUGGUCGUGAAGGUGAUGUCAUUGCCGGUGGAGGACAUGUUGGCAUAGUAACGGGAGGGAGACUGACAACCAGUGCAGCCCGCUACAGCGUGGUGAAGAACAACUGGGGCUACCGUUCUGGACAGAGCGUCACUUUCUGGAGAUAUACCUGUUGACGUCAUUUCCGUUUCUUCUCGUGUGACUGAAAUAUCAAUAUGAAUACUUUAAAUGAUUUGAGAGCCAUUAUACCGGCAUAGUUGUGAUGAUAAACGACCUAUUAUUGACCAGCAAUUAUAGAAAAUGUAUUCGCCAUUUUUGCAUUAAAAUUCCAAAAGAGUACAUCGUCGACAUAUGUUACAACACGCUAAACUAUACAGCUUAAAUAUAUUUUAUGGGGCGGUGGGUAGCCUUGUGGUUAAAGUGUUCGCUCGUCACGCCGAAGACGCAGGUUCUAUUCCUCACAUGGUUACUGUGUGUCAAGCCCAUUCUGCUGUCCCGCCGUGAUACUGAAUAUAACUAAAAGCAACGUAAAACUAUAUGCACUCGCUAUACUUUGUCUCACUGCAACAACCACAACACUCGUCUUUUGAACUUAUCUUUGUGCAACGCGAGUAAAUAAAUUUACAAUUCGAA